AUGCCUAUAAAAUAUCAUGAAUUAGAUUGUGUUAUUAACGGAGAAUAUAGUAUUAAAUGUCGACGUGACGGAAAUGAAGUCUUCAUUCCUUUCUUUGGUUUUAUUCAAAAAUAUUUUGAGAUUUAUGGUAAAUUAUCAACUGAAGAUGGGUACGAAAGAUUAGAAUGGGAACACAGUUAUUCUACAGUACAUCGACCGCGUGAAAAAUACUCCCCGGCAGGUGUUUUUAUGUCAUUUGAAUAUUAUAAUGUGGAAGAAAGAGACAGGGUUCGAUGUAUUAGUGCUAUGGAAGGAGUUCCCCUAUCAACCCAGUGGACCCAAAAUGGUCAUUAUUACCCUAUCCAGAUUUCUCAGUUUGGUUUAAGUCAUCUGAGUAAAUACCUGACCCAGCCCGAAGCCGAGGUAGUCACCCUAGAGGAUGGUGAGGAUGAAUUAGAGAGUUGGAUUCUCCCUGAUAAAAGAUCUCAGAUUGAACUAAGAAAGGACCCUGAUUUAUCAACGACGCUUGUAGAAUUUACUACAUCAGACUCUUUAAAAAAUCCAGGCAUAUCACUUCCAGUGGACGAAAAAGAGGAUUUUGUUCUUUCCGCUGACAUCAAGUUCGCUACUGACGGCAGUAUUACAGUUACCAUAGAUACACCAGGUCUUCAGUUGUUUUAUAUACAUUAUGUUUUAAGUUCGCGAUUAAUAUUUUUAGACGGUCAUGAUAUUUAUUACGGCCUCGGUGAUCGAAGAGGCCAAUGGAUGCAUAUCACACGCGAUAUUGCGAUAGACUUCGACAAGGGUCUUGCCUUAAAAUAUAACAAAUCAAAACGGACGAAGAUGAAAUUAAAAGUGUCGCGAAUCAAGGUAGUUAUUGUGAGAGGACACGGGUGGCUGGAUAAUCUAACAUUGUCCACAACGGCCCAUCUGGACCAUUUUUACAACGCAGCCAACUGGUUAGUGCUGCAUCAAAACGAUCGCGGGGGUUGGCCGAUAUCGGUACAACGAAAAUUGAUUCCAAAAGUACUAGAACUUGAGCCGGGGUGGUAUUCGGCUAUGGCACAAGGUCAAGCUAUGUCGUUAUUAGUGCGCGCAUAUCUUCGUUCCCAUAAUACCAAAUAUAUACAGGCGGCAGUGGACGCUAUGAAACUAUUUGAAAUUCCCAGCAUGCAAGGUGGUGUGUUAGCGAAAUACGCAGACCGUUAUGAUUGGUAUGAAGAAUAUCCAACCACUCCUAGUAGUUUUGUGUUAAAUGGUUUUAUUUAUUCCUUAUUUGGACUUUAUGACUUAAAGGAAGUGACAUCAGGAGAAGAAUCAAAGAUGGCUGAACGUCUGUACAACAAGGGCAUCGAAAGUUUAAAACACAUGUUGUUAAUGUUUGACAAUGGUUCAGGAACAUUUUAUGAUUUGCGACAUAUCACACUGGGGAUUGCCCCGAAUCGGGCACGGUGGGACUAUCACACGACUCAUAUUAAUCAGCUCUUACAGUUAAGUGUCAUGGACGAUUCAGAAAUAUUCAAAGUGACGGCUCAAAGGUGGAUGGAUUACAUGAAAGGAAAACGUGCUAAACACAACUAA